UCAACAUGCGUCGACGCACGUAAAACACAUCACCGUGUCGCUGUUUUGCGUCCUGCUGUGCAUGUGAAAAGCAUCAAAAAAUGGAAAAGAAAGCGGCAACAGACAAUUUGGAAAUGCGUCUUCAGGCACUGGAGACUCGCAUCUAUGGCGAAAGGAGAAACAAAAGCGGAAGACCAUUAAAGUGUGCAGACUCUUUAGCCAGAAUUCAGGCAGGUCUGACCAACACAGCCAACAAGCGAGAACGAGUAAAGAUCCUGCACAAAAAGAUUGAAGACCUGAUGAAGUACUUGGACCCCCAGUUCACUGACCAUAUUGCUGUGCCCGACACCAUGAAGCUGGAGUUCAUUCUUGCUGAGGAGGACUUCCUGCUUUCCCAGGCUGCUUUGCUGGAGCAGGCUAACAACCUGCAGCCGCUGCUGGACAGCUCCUAUAUCCGAGACGUUCCUGAGCAUGCGACCAAGCUCCAACGUCUCUCUCAGAUUCACAUCAAACAGCAGGUAACGAUGGCCCUUGAUGCUCUGCGUUGCUGGCUUGUUGGUUUUCCCUUGCUUGGACCUCACUGUUGGUUCUUUCAGGACCAAGCUGAUGCUCAGUCCCAGGAAGUGAAGAAGCUUUUUGAGGAGUACAACAAAAUGAUGUUCCUGCUGUCCAAGCAGUUCACUCAGUGGGAUGAGACCUUGAGAAAGCUGGAGGAGGCAAAGGGCAUCCGGCCCGUGGAGUAACUCUGACCUGCUUGCACACCUCUGAUGAUGGAAGACUGCAACAUAAACAGCUAGUGCAGCUUUAUAACUCUACAAAAACACGAACAUUUUCUCAAAAAGUCCAAGCUGAUUCAGCAUCGUUAAUUGAAACGGUUUCGGCUAUGUUGGUGUUGUCCAGUUGCUACAAAGUUGCUCCUUGGCAAAUGCAAAAAAUCAUCAGUUGUUUGAAGGAACUUACUCCCCUCGUGUUACAGCCUGGAAUCGCCGUUCUAAAUUAGUUGUACACAUAGGAGCGUUUUGAUGCUCGCAUGCAAGAUUUAAUUGUCAAGCAUUCCAGCUUCGCUGCCGCAGCUCAGUCACAGGACUUGAUCGCCUGACAUGCACAGGCAUCACAACUUUAGCAAACCUUACAUUUGGUCUCCUGACAAGAGCUCAACAGUGUUUGCGGUUGUAAAUGUCAUACAACAUGAUCACUGUUAUUCUAAUAAAUAUGAUGGCUUUAUUGGACAAUUCCCUUGUGUGAUAU